AUGACAGAGAUGCAAUCCUCCGAUCCCACAUUCCCCAACGGCAAGGGAGAGGCAGAGACCCCCGCCCCGCCAGGCCAGAUACUGACGGGCAAGCAAGAGCACUACCUCAAACGAGAGCUCAUCGCCCGUCAAGUUCGCGACGAAAUCUCCGAGUUGAACUCCCCCACCGCACUCCAACGAUUCGGCGCCCCCUUUCGAUCGGAAUUCGGUGAGGUUGCGCCCGUCGACUCAGAGCUUCCCAUCCUGCGCUAUAUCUUUGUUCAUCACGUUCGAAAUUUCCCGUUCCUGGAUAAGGCGCGCGAAAAGGAGUUUUGGCAGGACAAGCUUCAAGUCUUCUUGGAAUCAUUUGCCAAUAAACAUGUCUCGUCUUCGGAGGAUCGAUUGGAGGAAACAAAGCGUCGCAAGUUGGCGAGGAAAUGUGAGAAGCUCGUCGAGCUCAUGAUGGUUUCUGGUGUACCCACUGCCUCGGGGUAUGAGGAGCGCAUUCAGUUCUCGGAGAUGGAGGUCGUUGAACGUGGUGCCCAAGACUCGGGACUUUUGGUCAAUAUUCCCGAAGGAAACGCCAUCAACGGUUGGGAUGUGAAUGUUGCUGCCGUUCGGACUACCUCUGUGAAGAGGACGGUGCGAUACCACUCGCAUGCAGAGUUCAUCAUACGAGUCAGCCGUAACGGGAAAGAUGAACACCAUGUCGGUAGGAGAUAUGGUGAGUUCGUUAAGCUUCAGAAGAGGCUCAGCACCGAGAUGCCAGGCAAACACCUUCCUCCUCUCCCCCGCAAGAACAAGACUUCUAGCACAAGUUGGUGGGGAUCUACGGCAGAUGAUGAUGCCUCUUCACUUUCAUCGUUGUCCACACAGGACACGAGUGCCAUAGAUGAUCGCCUAUCGGUGCCGUCCUCUUCAAAGAGCCUUCGGCGAUCAACCUCCAAAUCCUCAAUGCGAUCGACUAGAUCCCCACGCGCAUCGACCAGUGAUGUAUCACGGGAGACUGUUUUGUAUCGGGAGGAACAGCGCUUGUCGCUGCGCGCGUUCCUGAGAACGGUCCUGCAGAAUAAGCGCAUCGCAGAGUCAAAGGCAAUGGAAGAAUUCCUGACUGCCCGACCUGUCAAAUUGAACGAAGAAGAGUUGGUCGACGUUCAGAGACGGAAAGACAUGGAUGCCGUCAGAAUUGAAGAGCAGAAGAGGUUCUACGAGAUUGCUAGACAGCGAGCCGCGGAACUGGAUGUGUACAUGGAACGUUUCCGACGGGAUAUCGUGGAGAGCAAUGGAUUGACGAAACUCUUCGCCGAGAUUCGCGAGAAGCCCUCGAUUCCUGAUCUCAGCCCGCAGUAUCAGAAGUUUGCUGAAUGGCUUCGUAUUGAGGUCGCUGCAACAUUAUAUCACCUGUUCCUUGCCGAGGAUAACUCACCGGAGUUAUUCGCACAGGCCAAGAGAAUCCACGGUCUUGUGCCCUACACGCUGAUGAAGAACGUGAUCCGUAUCGCCAACCCUGCAGCAGUCAUGUCCGGCGUUCUCGAUUUGUUCAUGGCCCAGCCCUUUGGCUCACGUUCUCUAUUGCAGCGUAUCUUCUCCCUGACAUUGAAUGAAGGUAUUAAGGACUUCCAGCGAUCAAUUGACACCUUAGCCGCCAAGGUCGAGGAUACAAUUCUCACACAGAAGUUGAAGAGCUUCGCGGAAGCCGAGGAGGAGGUCAAGAAUGAGAUCCGAGCGGAGGCCGUCGCUGAUGAUGUGGAUAUCAUCGUCGCCAUUCUCCGUUCGGAACUCAUCUCUCCCGAGCUUACCCCGGAACAAAUAGGCAAGGUCUUCAAUGGCUACGUGGCUUGGAACCACGCCGUGGAGAACGUUGACAUUGAGAUGCAACAAGGUGCGCAGUGGUUUGCUCACAUGAAACAGCUUCUGAAGCUCUACACCCGCCAACGUGAUAAGGCAAUGAUGCUCAGCAUCGUUGAGGAGCCCGUCACUCUGCAGCUCUUCCGUGACCUCUUCACUAUCUUCUACGAACCCCUGGUCCGUGUUUACAAGUCUGCGAAUGUGUACAGCAGUAUUACAGACUUCGCUCAGUUUGCCGACGACGCAAUUGGUGUCAUCGAAAGCGCCCAACGCCAGGACACAUCAGCUGACCCGAACCAAACGGUUCAGGCCUUCAUUGAUCUUUGCGCUCGCCACGAAGCCAACUUCUAUAAGUUCAUUCACGAGGUGCAUCAACAUGACAAUGGAUUAUUCCAGAAGUUGAUGGCCUGGAUCGAGGAGAUCCUCGACUUCCUGCGUAAUGGUCCCGCCGGCGGCAAGAUGGACAUCAAUGCUCUGUUCCAGGGGGCCGCUGGCGCUGGCCAGAUCAAUAAGGACCUCGCCUUGACUGAAAUCAAUCAGCUUAUCAAGUGGCAAGAAGACCGCAAGCGCUGGCAUCUGAAUAAGACACGUCAGAAGAUGGCCGCUGAAGGUACUUCCGGGGACGCUAUUCCCGGUGUCACCACCUUCAAGGGCAGCGACUUCGGUCUCGACGAGGCUGAUCUUGAGGAUCUGACUAUCUCAGACGAAGCCUCUGACGCUUCCGACGAAGAUAGCAUGGACGAAGACAAGGAUGAUCCUAUUGCUGUCGAGCGUCGCCGUCGUAUAAAGAAACAGGAUCAACUCCGGCGUACCGCCGGAGAACCUGCCAAGCCUGAGGUGACUGAGAUCCUCAAGCUCGCGGAUCCGUUCAACAUUAUGCUGCGCCAUGUGCUUGCGGAUUAG